AUGGACUUGGUGCACGUGGGCGCAGCUGGCGCCAAUGCCGGCGGUGGCGGCAAUGGCGGGAAUGCCACACUCGUUUUCGACCUCGAUAAGGAGAUAGGCGACGUCGGCAUUCUUGUGGACCGCCUUGGCCUCGGGCCCAGCGUAAUGCCGGCCGUCGAGUUUGUCGCCAUUGACGACAACCAGCCGACAUGCGUCGAGCCAAGCGAAGAUCCUCUCGAGAUUGAGCUCUGGACGGCGUAUUUGGGCGAGUCAUGGGAGGCGCCCGCCACCAUGCAGGCUGCGUACGACGACGACAACCCGGCGAAGAAUGCCGACGUCGCCUAUCUCCUCAUCGAGGUCGAUAACGAGUGUUGUGGGGAAGCGAGGCGCACUGCAAGGGCGGCGUGCGAGAUACUCAUUGGCUACGCACGGGCCACCAGCAUCACCCCGCGCGACCUGUGCGCGCUUUUUGAGACCCGGAACCCCAUCAUCAUCGAUCGCAUGGAGCGCGCAAGCCCCCCGAUCAACUUGAACGUGACUCCGCCUCCUGCUCCCGCGCUUGUCGUGUCCCCGCCUGCCGCUUCCACGCAGGCAGAGACUCCGCGUCGGCACGGACGUGUUUUGCCUGCGUGGAUGACGGCGCCUACCCCCACCCGCCGCAUGCUUCAAGACGCUGGAGUUAACGCCGUCAUGGACGACGGAAUGGAUGCGUAUGUGAAGGGUUGUAAGGCGCGUAUUGGCCUGUGA